GGAAAACCAGUCUUGGCAUUCAUUCUUUACCUCUAUUCUGAAAAUUGCUUGGUGUAGUAGUAUACCUCAUCCCUAAUUAUGUACCCACUCUCUCUCUUUCCUCCAACUUUCACUCGAGCACCCCUCCAUUCCUCUAGACCAAAUCAGUGUCCAUUCAUCAUCCUAUUAAUCCAUCCAUCCAUCAGAUACUCCCUCCACUCCCCCUAAUCUACUGUUACCAUGGAUCGGCUAAACCAGAUGUAUGCUGCGGCUCAAGGGCUUGGUGGGAUGAGCGCACCUCCGGGAGUGGAUACGCCAGUUAUUGAUAAUUCUGAAACCGUGUAUAUUUCUUCGUUGGCGCUAUUGAAGAUGUUGAGGCAUGGGAGGGCUGGUGUGCCGAUGGAGGUGAUGGGUCUUAUGUUGGGGGAGUUUGUCGAUGAUUAUACUGUUCGUGUGGUUGAUGUUUUUGCGAUGCCUCAGAGCGGUACGGGUGUUUCAGUUGAAGCUGUCGAUCCAGUGUUCCAGACUAAGAUGAUGGACAUGCUAAGACAGACUGGGAGACCGGAAACCGUCGUCGGAUGGUAUCAUUCUCAUCCGGGUUUUGGCUGUUGGUUGUCAAGCGUCGAUAUCAACACCCAGCAGUCCUUCGAACAACUAACACCCCGUGCGGUAGCCGUUGUCAUUGAUCCUAUUCAAUCUGUCAAGGGAAAGGUUGUCAUCGACGCCUUCCGACUGAUCAAUCCACAAUCCCUCAUGCUCGGACAGGAGCCUCGCCAGACCACCUCCAAUCUCGGCCAUCUCAAUAAGCCCUCUAUCCAAGCGUUGAUCCACGGGCUGAACCGACAUUAUUACUCGAUCCUCAUCAAUUACCGCAAAACACACCUAGAGGAGAACAUGCUCAUGAACUUGCACAAGACGGUAUGGACCGACGGCCUGACGAUGAAGGAUUUUAAGCUCCUUGCCAAGGAGAACCAAGAACGUUUGGAAAAGAUGGUUGGCCUGGCCGAUUCUUACGAGAAGCGUGUCAAGGAGGAGAAUGAUCUGACCAAGGACGAUAUGAAGACUCGCUACGUUGGAAAGGUGGAUCCGAAGAAGCAUUUGGAGGAAUUGGGUAAGCGGGGUAUUGAGGAGAAUAUUGUGGGUGUGUUGGUUGAGAUGGUGGAUAAGGAGGCGAGUUUUGCUGCUGAUAUAGACGGGAGCAAACCUGGACAUGUGGAGGCUAUGGAUGAGGAUUAGGCCGGAAUUGGCGGGUUGUUUUUAGUUUGGGUCUCUCUUUUCUCGCUCUUCUGUACCAUAAUCUAUAUGCAUCCAUCCACCCA